AUGGCGUUAUCUUUUGAAAUCAAUCCUCGUCUUCUGGCCGAUAUUCCUCAUCAAUCACAACAAAUAAUUGAACCAAUUCAUGGUGUUGAACAAGAACAACUUCUAUCUCUAGAACAAGCUUGUCAACCACUUGAAAAUAUACUUGGCAUAGAACUUCAACUCUACAUCACUGUUGCCAAAUUAAAUUACAAGCAACCCAAACAUGGACUAACUCAAGAUGAAUCAUCAUCUAUCUAUCUAUAUACAAUGGAAUGGAAUCAACCAGGAAACAGUCUUCAUAUUCUUCUCAAUCAAGCACUUUGUGCUAUUGAUAGAAAUCAACUUCAGCCUUGGUUAAAAUAUAUCAAAUUAUUGUUUACAGCACUCUUCAAAUUACCAUAUGCGGAAUGUCAUACAGUGUGGCGCGGUAUUCCUAAAGAUGUUCGUGAACAUUAUCGAGAAGGAGAUGAAGUGACAUGGUGGUCAAUAACUUCGACAACAUCUUCAUUUGAUGUUCUUCAAUCACCAAUGUAUUUAGGUAGAGAAAAAGUCCAAACAAUAUUUGCAAUUGAAACUAAAUAUGGCAAAUCUAUUCGAGAAUAUUCACAUCUUCAAAAUGAUGAUGAAAUCCUUCUUUCACCUGGAAUUAAUUUUAAAGUUAUAGGAACAUUGAAACAUGCAGACGGAAUUCAUAUCAUUCAUUUGCGUGAGAUGAAUUCAUUUGCUGAUUCAUUAAUGAAUGUAAACCCACCAGUAGAUGAAUAUCGCAAUCCAAGACUUGAAGAAAUCAUUCGAUCAAUAGAAGAACGUGGUACAUUAAUUUUAGAUUCGAUGAAUUUGAGUGAUCAAGAUAUGGAAAUAGUUGCGAAGUUAGGUAUUAUUGAAAAGAAGUGUAAGAUAAUCAGCCUUCGUAAUAAUGCAAUUACAUCUGUCGGUGUUUCUAUCUUGUCUCAGACGUUUGGGAGUCGUACGUAUUUCUCGGCACUAUAUCUUGAUGGGAAUAAGAUAUUGGAUGCAGGUGUUCAAUGUAUUGCUACGAGAUUACCAAGCGAAGAGCUCUGUUUCAGAAAACUCUAUUUGAAUUCUGUUGGAAUAUCUGAUGUUGGCUGUGAAUAUCUGGCUGAAAUGCUUCGAGUCAAUCAUUCGACGUACCAUCUACAUCUAAGUGAUAAUGAUGUUAGUGAUCGAGGACUUCAACUACUACUUGAGACAACUCAAUCAUACGAGAGUAAUAUCGCAUCAAUAACUUUAGAUGGCAAUAGACGAAUCACUGAUGCUAGCAUAAAUGCUAUCUGCACUGCUAUAUCUUUAUCUCAUGGUUUUCAUAAUUUAAACGUACGUAACUGUAAUAUAUCAGAUGCAGGUAAAGAACAACUUAAGAUUGCAGCUCAACAAGGAUUUUAUUUUACUAUUGGCGUGUAA